CCAAGACGGAAACGAUCCCGUUGUUGAGCUGGAUGGCAUGCCUCACGUGUGCGAAGGGGAAGGUGGCGGGUUUUAACGCGUUACUUUGCGCUGGAAAAAGAGAAAACAAUCGUUUUCUGACACACUUGUAUCAAAACACAAACGCGAAUGUUAAGACUCUGGGAACGCUACGGGAAGCGCAAGUGCUCUUUAUAAACGCGAACUUCUCCAAAGCACCGUCCUGCGCUGAAGCGAGCUCCAUGGAGACUAAAGACGCCGCAGCCGAAGACGGCUGUGACACUGACAGCACCGCUACAACAAACUGCGGUAAACGAAAAAACGAGGAGACCGACGAGUCAGCGAAACACGGCAACGGCAAGAAGCUCAAGAGGUGCGGGAAACGGCUGCGUCCCGGAGAGCGGUACGUGCCUCCGCCGCAGAAACGCAACCAGGGAGUGAGUUUCGGUCAAGAGCAUUUUGCGGAAACCUCCUACUAUUUUGAAGGCGGUCUUCGCAAAGUGUAUCCUUAUUAUUUUGACUUUACGUCUUACUGCAAGGGACGCUGGGUUGGUAAAACGCUAUUAGAGGUUUUUAAGAGCGAGUUCCGGGCGGAGUCUAUGGACUACUACAAAAAGGCUGCCAAAGAUAGGCGUAUUAAAUUGAAUGAGACGCCAGUGGAUGACCUGAAUAUAAUAUUGAAGAACAAUGACUUUAUGAGGAACACGGUGCAUCGUCACGAGCCCCCCGUGAAUGGGAAGCCCCUGGAGAUCCUGGUGGAUGAUGGUGAAGUGGUGGUGGUGGAUAAACCUGCCUCUCUUCCUGUACAUCCCUGUGGCCGCUACCGCCAUAAUACUGUCAUUUUCAUUCUGGGAAAGGAGAACGGCCUCAUUGGCCUCCACACUGUUCAUCGUCUGGACCGCCUCACCUCAGGUGUGCUGCUGUUCGCUCGUACAGCCGAGGUCUCUAAAAGACUGGAUGCGAUGGUUCGUGGGAGACAGUUAGAGAAGGAGUAUGUAUGUCGUGUGGAAGGGGAGUUUCCAGAGGGUGAGGUAGUGUGUGAGGAACCCAUCCUGGUGGUGUCCUUCCGCGUGGGACUCUCUAGGGUGCAUCCCAAAGGUAAAGAAUGCCGCACAGUUUUCCAGAGACUGAGCUAUAAUGGGCGUUCUAGUGUGGUCCGCUGUCUGCCUCUCACAGGACGCACGCACCAAAUUCGUGUUCAUCUUCAGUUCCUCGGCUUUCCAAUCCUCAACGAUCCCAUCUAUGGGUCUUCUGCAUGGGGUCCAAGCAGAGCCAAAGGAGGGCUAGUGGGCAUGAGUGAUGAAAAGCUUCUAGAAGCGCUUAUAGAAGAGCAUCGUUCAAAGGAGAGUCUGCACUUAUUGGAUUUGCCCGAUGAAGAGGUCUCAGGAAAGCAAGGGCAGAAGACGGAGUGUAGUGAUGGUGCUCAAGAACACAUUGACCAGAUAACUGCACCUGAGUCGAGUGGUGUGGCGUGCGACGACGGUUCCUGUGAACUGACGCAGGAGGAAGUGAAGGCAGAAGGUAGUCAAGUACUUCACAAGAGCACAUCUGCUGCUGAGAUAGAGGCUGAGAUGAAUGGUGCUCAUAAUGAAAGGGAUACGGUGUCAGAUGAAGCCUCUAGAAUUGCAAAAUCAAAUGCUUUUGCCAAAGACCAUUUAUGUGGCGAGUGUAAAAUUGUGCGACCGGACCCAACAGAGAAGGAUUUGAUUAUGUACCUACAUGCAUUACGCUACAAAGGACCUGACUUUGAAUACUCCACCCAGAUGCCUGACUGGGCUAAUGAAGACUGGAUUCAGGAUUAAACUGAAAUCAAAGUAUUCAUGCAUCAUUUGUUACUUUAUAUUUCAAGAAGGAUUGCGUUUUUAUUGAAUACAGAAUAUUUUCAGUGUGACUUCAGAAUGACUUUUUAAUUUCUUUUUAUUUAAAUAAUGAGGAUUUCUUAGUCAGUACUAGUACUAGUACUACUUUUUGUUUUUUUUAAACCUUAUAUUUGAAAAGAACACCAUCCCAUCUGACAUGAAUACACUGUAAUAUAAAGAGUAAAUAAAGAGUUUCUUUGUGGGAAUGAAAAAAGCUUGUUUUGUUUAGUUUUUUUAAAAUAUACUUUUCCCACUUUAGUAAUAGUAGGUUAGAUUAAUUUGAUGUAAAAUGCCAUGUAAUAUAAAUAAAUCUGAGAUUUUCGAAUGAA